AUGAAUUCACAUCACUUUGAAUCCUUCAGUGUUCGUUUCACUGGAAAAAAUUAUUCUUCUUGGGAGUUUCAAUUUCAGUUGUUUGUCACCGGCAAAGAACUAUGGGGCCAUAUAGAUGGAAGCGAUCCUGCUCCUACUGAUGCAACAAAGCUAGGUGAAUGGAAGAUUAAAGAUGCUAGGGUGAUGACAUGGAUUCUAGGUUCAAUUGACCCUCUUAUUGUUCUUAAUCUCAGGCCAUACAAGACAGCUAAGGCCAUGUGGGAUUACUUACAAAAGGUUUACAACCAAGAUAAUAGCGCAAGACGCUUUCAGUUGGAGUAUGAAAUUGCUAAUUACUCUCAAGGAGGUCUUUCUGUUCAGGAUUAUUUUUCUGGAUUUCAAAACUUAUGGGCUGAAUUUACAGAUAUUGUCUAUGCAAAAAUACCUACUGAAUCUCUAUCAGUGAUUCGGGCAGUUCAUGAGCAAAGCAAGCAAGACCAUUCUUUGAUGAAAUUAUGCUCCGACUUUGAGAGUGUUCGCUCUAACUUGAUGAAUCGUGACCCGUCUCACUCUUUGGAUGUUUGCUUUAGGGAAUUACUUCGUGAAGAGCAACGUCUUGUCACACAAAAUUAUUUUAAGAAAGAAAAUGAUGUCACUGUUGCAUUUGCUGCUCAAGCAAUUAUAGCAAGAAGUUUUGUAAUUACUGUAAACAACAAGGACAUAUAG